ACCAUGCUUAAGGACGACUCCUUGCUACUCAUACCCAAUGUGUUGAAGGUGUUCCUGGAGAAUGGGCAAAUCAAGUCCUUCACGUUUGACAGCCGCACCACAGUCAGGGAUGUCAUAUCUUCACUACAGGACCGCCUCUCUCUACGCUACAUUGAGCAUUUUGCUCUGGUUCUGGAGUCAGGAGGACUCGAUCACAAACAGAGACUGCACCUGCUGCAGGAAAGCCAACCUCUCUCUCAUGUGGUACAUAGAACCUAUUUCCAGGGGAUGCGCUGUCUAUUCCGGAUCUGCUUUUUCCCAAAAGACCCUGCUGACUUACUGAGGAGGGAUCCUGCUGCAUUUGAGUACCUGUACAUACAGAGUCGCAAUGAUGUGAUCAAAGAACGAUUUGGAAUGGACUGGAAGUCUGAUGUAACACUUAAGCUGGCAGCCCUCCACAUUUACAUCACAGUGUCAGUCGCAAGACCCAAUCAGAAGAUCUCCCUCAAGCAUGUGGAGAAAGAAUGGGGUCUGGAACCUUUCCUUCCUCUUACCUUGUUGCCAACUGUCAAGGAGAAGAAUGUGUGCAAGACACUUUCCCAACUUCUCAAGACUUAUCAGCACCUUCCACCUGCUGGCAACAAGGUGCCACCUCUUCAAGGAAAGUUACAGUACAUACGUGUGUUAAAUGACCUUCCACCAUUUGGAGGCUUGUUGUUUCAUACAGUUGGACUGGAUGAAAAACAUACAGCCACUACACUGUUGGUAGGGCCUAGACAUGGCAUCAGUCAUGUAAUUGAUCUGAAAAAUAACCUCACAACAGUCUUGGCUGAAUUCAGCCGUGUAGCAAAGGUGCAGCUGUUCCGUGAGCACCAGGGAGUAGCCCGUGUAGAAGUGGCUAUUCUUGAGGCAAAGCCCCUGGUCUUGCUCAUGGAGUGGCCAGAUGCAUCAAACUUUGCCUGUUUAAUUUCUGGGUAUUACAAGCUCUUUGUGGAUCCCAAAAGGACCAUCUACUACAGGACACCUGGUCAGUCUCAUAUGAUCAAGGCAGAUUUCAGAAGCCCCCAUCCUCAUUCCCGCUCUGGGGCCUCUGUGUCAAGCAGCAGUCGACGUGAAGAGAGAGAGGGUUCCAGAGAGGUGUCACAGAAGAUAUCACCACCACCGUCACAACACCUUGGCCUCUGUCACAUACAUUUGAAAGAGCAACAGCAGCUGCAUGAGCUCCAAAUGCACGCAGAGGAGCAGCUGGAUAUUAAUGAAAACUUCAUAUCCAAGUCACAGAACCGCUCACGUGCCAAGUCUGAUCCCACCCUCAAAAGCACUGAAUCAGUAGCUGAUUCAGUGAGCCCAUCUCAAGAUGGCUCAAGCUUCAGAGGCAGGGCGAAAACAAUGGAGAACUCAAAGCGUUCUGGGAGAUUCUUCUGUGAUUCUUGCAAGGCAAAGCUUAAGGCUGGGGGUAUAACAACAGAGAAAGGCACAUCUGGGAAACAUGCUUUGCAAUGCAUAAAUGCCUGUGCCUCCUGUGAAAGUGGUGCUGUUGAUCUCAUGGCUCUUCCUCCUCCUGGAAGUGAGGAGGAUGAAGAGGUUGAGGAUGGAGUAGGGAAGCUGCAACCUCCUCCUCCUGCAAUAGCAGCACCACCUCCAGGGUUUCGAGAUAAUAGCUCAGAUGAGGAUGAUGCUAAAAAGAAUCGUAAGGCUGCUCCCACCACUAGUGCUACCGCAGCUGCAGCACCUUUGGCAGAUACUCAAGAGAAAGUACCUGUGACAUUAAUUGAUAAUGUGGCCCCAAGGACAGUGCGAGACCAUGCUCAGGAGCUAGAUGAUGCUUUAGUGUCCACUCUGCAGGCACUGGAAGCACUAGCUGCAUCAGAGGACUACCCUCAUCAGCAGCAGACUCCACAGACAGCAGGGUUGAUUGUUCUGGCAGCCAUUACUCCAGAGUCUUCACUCGACUCUGGCCAUGAGACCAACUCAUCAGAGCUAACUGAUGUGUCAGAAAUGGUUUCUGCAAUGAAACACCAUCAAAAUCAGGCCUACCUUUUGGCCCACCACAUUAACAAGGAACGCAUAUUUAGUCGACGUGACUUCCCUUUGACAAUUCCAGGCUGCACAACACAAGCAAUUAGAGGAGGAACUUUUUCUAUGGGUCAAAUCCGUGGUGGGUGUCCACCUAGGUCUGUGAUCCUUAGUAAAACUGUGCCUUUGAAAGUCAGUCAGAGUCAAGAGACUGCACUCUCUAGAAAUCCCAUGGAGCAAAGUAAGACUGAAGAUGAGUUAAAGAAUGAACAAGAUUCAGAGAAAGCUAAAGAGUGCUCUGUUAAACAUGCUCCACAUGCAGGAGAGGAGUUAAAAAAUCCUGAACAGGAGGACACAUCUGAGAAAGAGGAAAGAUCAUCAUAUUCUACAGAGGGUAAGCUAAAUUCUAAUAUCUCUGAAAACAUCAAGGAGAAAAGCCCUAGCCACACAACCCCAGAAACUACCAAUAAAGCCUUACCUAUUCUCUUACCUGUGGACAAAAAUGCUUCUGCCAAGAUGUCCCCAAAGAUAUGCCAAGAUACUGAGGUUGCCUCAUGUGAGACCGAUAAGCCCUCAAGUUCAAAGGGUCUACUGCCAGUUGAUGAUUUGUUUUGCACAUGUCCAGUUCGAACAGAACCAGGGCAACAACUGCGACUGAAGGACCCACCAAAUCAAAAGGUAGUGUUGCAUUCAUCAUCUCCCACUGAUGAUGAGCAACUCUGUGCCAAAGAACUACAGUUAUCUAGCAACAAAGAGAGCACAGUUAGGACCGCUGAUCUAAACUUGGCUAAGCCUAAAGUCCUGCCUGCAGCAAAGUUCUCCCCAGUGGUGCCGGUCAAAAUGGAAGGGAAUGAUAUACCUGAGGUCACAACAGAUGGCUCCAAAUGUACAGUCCUUGCUGAACCACAGAAAAACACUAAAAGUGUGCCAAUCCUCUUAAACACAACACGUGUUUUGAGCUGUGGAGAAAAAGGGGCAACUAUUCCUGGUGUAGAAUAUAAGAAGCAAGCAAACAGUAAAGCCAAGUCUCAGCGCAGUGCUCCAUUUCUAAGUAUUAGAAAUCUGAUUUCAGCCACAUUUCCUGCACGCCUACGUCGGGAGACAGAUGAACGACGUGCACAGCUCCAGAAAGUGAGGCAAUAUGAACUAGAGUUCCUUGAGGAGCUUCUAAAGCCUAAGACAUCACAGGGAGAGUUCCUGUCCCAGGGUUCAUCUCCCAUCCCAUCAGGUACUCCAUGUUCUUGCCAGCUGCGCACAAGCCCAGUGCAGAAAGUCCCUGGCAUCUCACGAGAGCAGAGACGUAGCUGUGACUGUAAGAGGAUGUGUAGGGCAAUGCGUCUCCCUGAUACUCCAGUGGGUUCUGCAGUGGAGCCUAGAGGCAGAGAGAGAACCAUCUCCAAAACUCCCCCUGCAAAACCCAAAUCUCCACAAAUUCAAGGGACUGCUACACAACAUCAAACUUUGGAGAUCAAAACCACACGAAUUCGUUCCACAAGCCUGGAGUCAAGGGAACUCAGUGAUACACAUACAUCCUGUUUACCUACAUGCACCUUCCAUUCGGAAUGCACUGGAGCUCCACAGUACAAAAAACUACAAAGACGAUAUAGCAUAGGGGAAAUUGAUAAUGAUAGCACACCCCUUUAUGCUGAGGUUAAGUCAACCAAAACAAAAAGCCUGGAGAAGGAAAUGGAAAGAGUUAGGGCUACAGGCCUACGACUUCCUACUCCAGUAGAACCCAUUCAUACUCAAGGUGGAGACUCCAAAAAGAAAGGAGUAUUCUUUAUCCAGGGUGAAGAACUACUUCGUCAAGGUCGAGAGGGAACCACUGAGGUUCUACUUGGUUUAAGUGAAGAGAAUGAGGACAGGGAAAAAUGUUGCUCCUUUUGUUUCUGUUAUCGCAAGUGUGAGACUGCUGAUGAGAGCAGUGAAAAAGAUGAACUUUCAUAUUCCAUUCCCCUACAGGUCUUGCCUGGAAUGCAGCUAGAUUCAAGAGCGAUGCCAGUCGUCAGCAAGACAUUGCAGGUACUUCAUGCUGAGGACUGCAGUGGAGAGGAAGAGGAGGAGGAGGAGGAACCACAAACACAGGAGAUUGACCUGCGGGUCUGUGGUAAUUUGGAAACAAGCAUGGCACGAGUGCAGACACUGCAGGGAAAAACUUUUGGUUUACCCGAUGGCUUCCUAAAUGCACAACUUGAUGCUAAUGAAUUGCUUUCUAUUUUACGGCAGUGUGCCAGCAGUCCACAGAUAGAGGGUGAACCACGCAUGCCUCCAGCAAAGUUGGUAGAGUACAAGCAAGAACUUGCAGUCCGCUUUAAAGAGUUCAGGGCCUCAUGUAGAAGAGUGGCAAGUGUUGAGAAAAGUCCCUCACGAAUGUUAAGUGCCGUCACAGCCAGCUUUGAGGUGUUGUGCAGCCUAACUCAGACAUUCAUUCGGUUAGUACGAGGUUUACGAUCAGAAACCCAAAGGCUACAGCUCUUACGAAAGGUAGAAGAGGUUGCAGUGAACUAUACUCUGCUUCUCCGGGCUGCUGAGGAGUCAAUGGGACAUUCUUGCAGCUUACCAACAAAGAGCGCAAGCCUCCCCACCUCCACCAACAUGGGCUCUCUUACUCAUUCCAUCAAAACCUUGCCCAGCAAGUAA